AUGGAACCAUUUUUCCAAGGCAACCAAUUCUUUCCUGGCACAGCUGCCUACAAGCGUGCCAAUGACAUCUACGCCACCUCCACCUAUGGCGUCAGUCGCGACAUGAACCCUUCCGAGAUCCUCCAACCCGCCAGUGUCGAGGACAUCCAACAAGUUGUCAAAGCCGCUGCCAGAAUGGGCAAGCCCCUCGCCAUCAGAUCUGGUGGUCAUCAAUAUAGCGGUGCAUCGUCAACUGGCUCCCAGGGCAUCCAACUGGACUUGAAGCCUACCUUCCGUCGUCCCAACCUUGAUCUCAAUAUCCUCAGGGAAAAUGGCAAGGUGUACCUACGAUCUAGUGUCAGCUGGCAACUCACCGAGAUCUUUGACUUUCUCAAAAAUAAUGGCGUUUUCAUGCCGACUGGUCAGUGCUCUACUGUGUGUCUUGGUGGACACGUUCAGACCGGCGGUUACGGCAUGCUUGCGCGAUCAUUCGGUCUUCUUGGAGAUUGGGUUCGUGAGCUUGAGAUUGUCGACUAUAAAGGCGAUGUAGUCAAGGUCACUAAAGACUCCCACCCAGAUCUAUUCUACGGUUUUCUUGGCGGCAGUCCGGGCAAUCUUGGUGUCCUAACACACUUUAAGAUCGAAGUUCAGGAUGACAAGAAUCAUCAGGGCUCUAAGGGUCUUUGGGUUGGUUUUGCUUACAAGGAGGAGACACUCAAGGCUUUACUCGAUAUUCUUGUCCAGAAGGGAGAGGAUCCCAAGUUGCCUCGUGGUUACGACUUUACAGUCAAUAUUGUCAGCAGACAGGCUAAUCUGCUUGAUCUUUUUCCUGGUUCUGAGGACGAGCUUAAGCAGAAACUGCCAGAUAAUGUUCAUGAUGGAAAGGACAACAUUGCUGAUCUUCUCAAGUUCAAGUACGCAAUGAUUGUCGUUUACGCACAAUGGGUCAAUCUCGACGAAGAGCCAUAUUCGCCCGAGCUCUUCACCCAGAUCAAGAACGUACCAAACGAGUUCAAGAUCGUCAAAGAGGCUCCUGAAGGUACCCCGAUGUCCGUCAUCGCCUCCAUGUGGCUGUUUGGCAGCCCCCGCGAGUUUCCCUACCCCUACGACAAGCGCACCAACAGCACCACUUCAACCGAUCUCUCCAAAACAGGCUGGUCCUCUUGGUUCGCCGGCCGUAUCAACGAGGUCAUCAAAGACAAGCACAACGGUCUCUGGGUCUCAUCCCAGCUCCAAGUCUACGGCGGCGAACAAUCCAUGUUUCGCAGAAAUGCAGGCAAUGGUACAGCGUACUGCUUCCGAGAUGCUACCUUUGGUGGGACUUGGGAUGUCUUCUAUCAGGGUACGAAGGAGGCGGCUGAGAAGUGGCAGGCGGUGAAUGACGAGGGUAGGGCGAAGUACUUUAGUAAGGCGGAUCGACGUGUUCUCUGGGGAUCGUAUGGUGAUUGGAACAUGAAGGAUGUUUGGCAGUUUUAUUACGAUCCAGAGACGUAUAAGAAGAUGCAGAAGAUCAGACAGACGUAUGAUCCAAAGGGGACUUUUACCGCGAACCCUUUCUGCGUGGAGGCUUUGAAGUAG